GAACUGUAGGAAAAAAACAGCAAGGAGAAGAUUCCCGUCAAAACAUAAAGAGAGCAAGUACAGUUAUAAACUUAAUCGUUUUCGCUUUCUUCGCUGACUGCUUUGUGCAUAAAACUCGAUGUCACGUAAUUUGAAAGGGACACCGGCGUUUCGACGGUCUUAAGGAAGUUGCCGAGGACAGAAAUCGACAAAGACAGAGGAUUAGGACUCAGCCGCAGUGUCGUCGGGCCUACAGUAGAGGCCCCUUCUUUGGAAGGGAGGGAUACAGAGUAACAAUGGCAGAUAACGAUGGCAAAUCCCGUCUACCUAAUGGUGACUCGGAGGAUCCGUGCACAGGUGAUGGUAGCGAGUCAGCCGGCGGGCCCUCUGCGUCCGACGGGCCGGACCGCCCCAGUACAGCACCUUCAGCCCCAGCAGAGACUGCACCCCCCUCCGAAUCGGGAGAGGGAGAUGGGACUGGAACAGCACCGGAGGCGAGGCGGGAGAUGCAGCCCACUGAGGACGGGGAGGAUGAGGAUACGGACAGCAUGGACGGCAGUGGGCCGUACCUCCUGACGGAGGAAGCAGAGAGGGAUAAGGAGAGCGAGGGGGGCCAGGAUCGAGGCGGGCGGAUGAGGAGGGCGAAGGAGAGAGAUGGGGGUGAGAGGCGGGAGGCUAGGAGGCGACAGAGGGAGCGGACGGGGGGCGGGACUACUCGCCACUCCUCCAGCUCAGAGGAAGAGGAUGAAGAUGAGGAUGAGGAAGACAUCGAGGAGGAGGACGAGCAGGCUAUGGAGGACUGGCUGAAGGCCGAUGUGUCCGAGCUGCCGGCCCUGGCGUGGCGCGCAGUGCCGUCUCUGCGGGCGCGGGAGCUCGGCCAGGGUGCCCAGUUUGUGCGGCGCGCAUGCGGCGCCCGGGGCCUGGUGCAGCGGCUGGAGCUGCAGGCCCGUCUGGAGCGGCAUGCUGGCUGCGUCAACACGCUGCACUUCAACCAGGCGGGCACACGGCUAGCCUCGGGCAGCGAUGACCUGCGCGUGGUGGUGUGGGACUGGGCGCAGUGUCGAGCUGAGCUGGAGUUCGACAGCGGCCACAAGAGCAACGUCUUUCAGGCCAAGUUUUUGCCCCAUAGUGGAGACUCCACACUGGCCAUGUGUGCCCGGGAUGGCCAGAUCCGGGUGGCUGAGCUUUCUGCCACGCAGCGAUGUAAGAACACCAAGAGAGUGGCCCAGCACAAGGGAGCUGCACACAAGCUGGCCUUGGAGCCGGACUCCCCCUGCUCCUUCCUGUCAGCAGGGGAGGACGCGAUAGUCUAUAGUAUUGACCUACGCCUCGACCGGCCUGCAACUAAGCUGGUGGUGGUCAAGGAAGGGGAUAAGAAAGUUGGCCUGUACACAAUCUUUGUGAAUCCCGCUAACACACACCAUUUCGCUGUCGGAGGAAGAGACCAGUAUGUCAGGAUCUACGACCAGAGAAAGAUUAACGAAAACAACAACAACGGCGUGCUGAAGAAAUUCUGCCCUUCCCACCUGGUGUCCAGCGAGUCCAAGACCAACAUCACCUGCUUGGUCUACAGCCAUGAUGGAGCAGAGCUGCUCGCUAGUUACAACGAUGAGGACAUCUACCUGUUUGACGCCAGCCACAGUGACGGCGCAGACUUCCGGAAGAGAUACAAGGGCCACCGCAACAACGCCACAGUAAAGGGCGUGAAUUUCUACGGUCCGCGGAGUGAGUUUGUGGUGAGCGGCAGUGACUGUGGCCACAUCUACCUAUGGGACAAGAGCUCUGCUCGAAUCGUCCAGUUCAUGGAGGGCGACAAAGGAGGGGUGGUAAACUGUCUGGAGCCCCACCCGCACCUGCCAUGUUUGGCUACCAGUGGUUUGGAUCAUGAUGUGAAGCUGUGGGCCCCCACAGCGGAGACCCCCACUGGACUGAAGGGUCUGAAAGAGGUGAUGAUGAAGAACAAGCGGGAGCGCGAUGAAGACAGCGUGCGGCACGGAGACCAGUAUGACACACAACUGCUCUGGUUCCUCAUGCGACACAUGAGACACAGGCGGCCUCAGAGGACUCGCCGCGGGGAAGCCGGAGAAGGAGAGACGGAUGAUUCGUGGAGCUCAGCGGACUCGUCGGAUGAGGAGGACAUGGGCCCCGACCACGUGCAGUGUAUGUCCUCCUGAGGAGGGGGAGGAGGAGGAGGAGGAGAGUGUAACUGGCAGAUGGAUGGGCGGACACGUGGAAUCCUUUACCUUUUACAGCACGCAUCGCAGCCUGACGGACAGUGGAGGGCGCUUGUGGACAGUUGUGCGUGCUCACGCUUUGACACACAUGUUGGUUUGUUACCAGGCUGUUGUGACACACUUGCACACAGAGUAAUAUUAGAGUGAUUUUGUAGUACAUCCACUGGCUGAGCGACGAGUACACUGAAGGGGCCUCUUAAUAGGGUUCCAGUGCAAAACCCAAACCCAUUUGUUGUUUGUGAGGCGGCCCUUAGCGCUGACUGAUGGCUGCAGUCACGGGUCCAAUCAUCAGCUCUGGUCAUAUGUAGGCUCCUCCCACAUCCAGUUGCCACCUGGGGUUUUUCUGCCGACUUGACCGCGUGUUGAGCUGAACGCCCGAGGCAGGCAGACGUCCGACCGUGUGACGGCAUCCUAGAGGAUAGGGGAAGAGGAAGGAGAUGGAUAGAUUGUCCUGUUCUUUACCAGCGCCUGUCCCACUUCUACCACUGCGCACUGUGCCCCUGGCCCCUAGCACCUAUGUGUAACUUUUCAUAAUUUUGGGAAGGCUGUGUUCCUAUAUUUUUAUUUUUUGGAGAUGGGACUCGGGAGAUCAGGGAGAACGAAUGAGCUGGUUUUUGCCUGACUUUGACUGUGUCGUCUGGGACACAGACCAACCACACGAUGGUCUCGGUUGUUCCCAUCUCGCUCUAGUUGAAUUUACAGACGGCUGGUGCCGGUUGGUCUCGGGCACCUUUCUCAUAUGGGUCCCGAUGGCCUGUCUGGGUCUUAAUGAUGAGGAACUCCUAGGAGUGAAAUAGGCCUUUGUGCUCAAGCCCACGCGUUACCGCCACCCACCACAGGGCGUGCUGCAGGCCCUUGCACUUCCACAGUAGAUUGCCAGCCUGCCACACGCCAACACAGGGCCCCUCCUGCUCCGCCCCUCCCCCCAUGCUACAGAGUGCACUUUAACCAGGUUUGAUUCUAUAUUAAGGUGAGUUUCGAUGGGAUGGAGCGCAGUACUUAAUCCUUAAGAGUGUGGUUACUGUUGUCGUUUUACACCCGAACCAAAAUUAAGGUAAAAUGGGCGAACGAUGAUCACCGGCUCUGUUUCUUUGACUUUGCACUUAACAGGGGUUUGGUGAUGGAACUCUAAUUGGAAUGGGGAGUGUGACUCCCUUUAAAUUCCCUCCCCAAUGUGCUGCCUCUGUAGCCACUCCACCCCUAGCCCCCUUCCCCCCCAGAAAAUAUGAACUCCAGCGGCUUUAGUGACAGGCCUUCAGUAUUUGCUCUUUUUUUCGCUCUUUGGUCCCAGCCAAGCGCCAGUCCUUCACUGGAAACCAUCCAAACCGGCUUCCCUGAGCUGGGCUUUUGCUCGCUGCCACCCGCGAAGCUUUGAGGGCCUUGUCACAUCGGGGAUGCCUGCUUCCAGCUGUGCGACUCUUUGCUGUUACCUAUGAAACGUGCUUAGGACAGUGUUCCCAUUCCGGUCCUGGGGACCCACUGUUGGUCCAGGUUUCUGCUCCCUACCAGACAGUCCACACUUUUGCCGGAGGUGGGAGGGAGCAAAUACGAGAACUGGCUGGGUCCCCAAGGACCAGAUUGGGAAACCUUGGCUUGGGGGAAGCUGUCUGAGUUAAUGGCAGCAGCAGCACCCCCUACAGGUGUAGAAAGGGGCAGCAGAUGGGUUUCUUUUUUCCUAAAGUAUUUACUGUCAGGGGUGGGGUGGCAAAUUUUGUACAGGGGAACGAGAGGGAGAGUGAUCAGCUUGCCCAAUAGAUGCUUUUUGUGUGUGUGUGUGUGUGUGUGUUGGGGGGGGGGGGGGGGUUCAUCUUUUCUCUUUUUGUAUAAGAAAUGCAUAAAGUCAAAUCUAUAUGUGUAUAUAAAUCUGUAAAGAAACCACAACACUUUAGCUAAGGGAGUGACUUUUAAUUCAAGAUAAGUAUUCAGAUUGCUAUUGAUUCAGAAGUUUAUAUUAUAUAUGAAGAAAAUUACCUUUAAAAUGAAAAUGGGAAAAAAAAUGAGAUUGUGUUUUGUGAAUAUGAAAUCCCCAGCUGUUUUUGACAUCAGAAGCAUUUAAUUAAGCUUUAAAUAAAACUCUUAUUCCCCCUUC